UGCUGAUUCAGUAAAUAAUGGCUUUUGGGCUUCUAGGCUCAAUUUCUUGUUCUUCUUCAAUCACCAUUAUCCCCGGUGGUCAUUGCCGGAAGAAUAAAAAGUACGUUGACCAUUCCUACUCAAGAUAUUAUGUACCAAGAUCUUCAUGGAACAAGAAUGGAAAAUCAUUAACAGAAAAUCGUAUCAUCAAGACUUUGGAGAAUAAUUGGACCAACCAUUACAAAGGCAUUGAACAAAAAUCUACAUUUGAUAAAUAUGAGAAGAGACAAAUAAUAAAUGCAGUCACUACAGAAUCAUAUGAACAUGAACCACAAGCUCAUCAUAAUUCAAAAAUUAUUAUUGAAUCUAUCAUACACGGCUUGGAUGCUUUUCGCAAAUUUAGCAGAUUCUACGCAUUCAUGAGCCAAGUGGCAGGUUCACUUUUUUCUUCACUCCUUGCUGUGGAUAAUCUAUCACAAUUAUAUCCAACAUUUUUUAAUGGCUAUUUACAGUAUAUUGUACCUCACUUCUUCAUGCAUCUCUAUCUUGUUGGAUUGAAUCAAUUAGCUGAUCUUGAAAUAGACAAGAUUAAUAAGCCAUAUCUUCCUUUAGCAUCUGGAGAAUUUUCUUUCACAAAUGGAAUUAUAGUUGUGGCAUCAUUUCUAUUUCUGAGCUUUGGAGUUGCUUGGAUGAUAGGAUCAAAACCAUCGCUUUGGGCUCUUCUUCUCACUUUUGUGCUAAUGACAGGUUAUUCCGUUAAUUUACCUUUUCUAAGGUGGAAGAAAUCUACAACACUUACUGUAAUGAUUCAUUCAAUUGGGAUGACGAUAUCUUUUAAUAUUGCAGCUUUUAUGCACAUGAAGACCUUUGUACUCAAUAAGGCAACUACUUACCCAAGAUCCCUAUUUUUUGCUACUGUUGUGAUGGCAAUUUUUUAUGCGGUUGUAGCAAUGGCAAAGGUAUUUUGGUUUUGUGUUUCACUUCUUGAAAUUGCUUAUGGAGCUGCUAUUCUAAUUGGAGCAUCAUCUCCAUUCUUAUGGAGCAAAAUUUUUUCGGUUUCCACACAUGCUAUCAUGGCUUUGAUUCUUUGGAAUCGUGCUCACUCUGUAGAUUUAUCAAGCAAUAUUUCCUUGCAAUCUUUUUACAUGUUUAUAUUUAAGCUCAUUUAUCUGGAAAACAUCCUUACACUUUUCGUUAGAUGA